GUUGUUUAGUGACAUCGUGAAAAGCGACCUCAGGUAUAGGGACAAUGUAUUGAUGGUCAUUAGCAUAUAGGUGUGAAGGUAUUACAGUACCUUACUGGUCAACUAUGUAUGACGUCACCAGAUGGCCAAUGCGGCCUUUAGCUUCCUACCUGUAUAUGCAUUAUUUUUUUAUGUUAUUAUUCUAAAAUGGCUAGACUAUCCAUCCCCACCUAACCUAUUCAGAGGUUUAAGAAUAUACAUUUUAGUCAUCUGCGACUGUAAUCAUUCAUUAUGCAGUAAUAAAUUCAAAACUAGAAUAGAUGCCCAAAUGUCGUACCGCAAUUUUUAGAAGCAUCGUACGUCUGGCAGCACAGCAGGUAAGCUGACCUGGCCGCCAUUCCCCAGUCAAAUAGGUCAGUACAUCUCUAGCUCUCCCAGCCAGCACAAGCAGCCAACAUCGCUCCUGGACAUUUCACCAGACCUCUGUAUUAUUCAACAACAAUACGCAACCAUGGAAACUUGUCCUUUCUGCAAUAAGCCAAAGCAGGGGAAAUUGCACUUGUGCGAAGUAAGGUGCAUAGAAUGUCAUAUCUCAUAUACAGCCAACUCGCGUCGUGAGUGUGUGUUAUGCUGUCCCCAGUGUGUUAAUAUCCCUCGUGGACAUUAUGAUGCAGUCUGCACCUCGUGUUCCAAAAUCUUCUGCACCAGUCGUCGCGACCCCGAAACCUGUCCAUUUUGUAUGAAUCUGGAUGUUGAUGACGAUACAGAGUCUAACACCAGAUCCGAUUCUGAGACCUCAGAAGCUUCAUCGCCUCAGAGCGAAAGAUCAUCUGUUGAACAGUUGGAUGAGGAAUAUCCUCGUGGAGGAGGGAAUGAGGCUGGAGAACCUAGCACUAGUCAAGCUCGUACACCGCCAUUAGAAGAUAGUAACAAUAGCAGGCCCAGUCUAGAUCGUAGCCAUCUAGAGGAUGAAGACUCCCUGCAUUUGGUUUGGGAAACAGAUUCAGAUGUGGAAGCCAGCCAGCCUAUCGCUAAUUCUCCACCACCUCAGGAACAGCAGCAGCAGGUAGAUGUUUUACUUCCUCCUCAACCCGAAGUUCUUGAAGUGAUUAAUAAUUUCAAUGGGGGGUACAUACGCCAUUCAUAUAGCAUCCCAGAUCAUGCCCAAGGAGAUCCUGCCCAUUAUUUGACUAUAUAUCGUGAUUAUUUUAUUCAGCAAAUAGAAUCCUUGUUUGAUGCCGUUCACCCCAAUUUCCCUCCUGCCCUCUUGAUAUACCCUGAUUUUACAUUUAAUUUACAACGGCUUAAUCAAGAAAAUGAACCUGAUUUUGAGGGAGAGUUACCUAUAAGGGCCGAGCAACGCACUGUAUCUAGGCAUGAGGCUAGUGUUGUCGUAGAUCAAUGGAUCGCUGAAUUGGACAAUAAGUUAGAAGAGUUCUUUGCCGAGACAGAAGGUUCGAGUCUAGGUAUACAGAGCAUUUCUGGUUUUUAUAUCGAUUCCAUAGCUGUUCAGCAUCCCAUCCGUCUAGGAGAAUACGUGCCUUAUCCGGAUAAAUUGCGUGGUUCGAGACAUAUUUUCAACCCUAAAGGCGAACAAAAUAUAUGUUUGAUCCAAUGUUUAGCUACAUAUAUAUGCUUGCUCGGGGAAUGGACUUACGCAACAUUGGCAGGCGUUCCAAAUCUGCCAGGUGGUGUCUUAGAUUUGUCCGUUGGAGUGAGGAUAUCGAAAUUCCCAUAACGUACGAUAACAUUAAUAAAAUAGAAAGUAUAAAUAAAUUAAGUAUUUUUAUCUAUGUGCUCACUCGUGAAGACAAUAGGUACUAUAUUAGCUUAGCUAGGAAAGGUAGGGAACAUUCUGCACCUAAAGUACCUUUGCUCAUGUUGGAGGAUCAGCAUCUUGUACUCAUUAAAGAUUUCAAUCAGUAUGUUCGCAACAUGCGUAGUAAUUCUAGCAGAAUACCAAACAAUCAUAUUUUUUGUCAUUCAUGUUUAAUUCAUUUGUCACCUGAUGCUAUGCGGGAUCACGAAGCGUCAUGUGAAGUUAAACAAACAUUGAAAUUUUACCCUGAAGGUCAUAAAAUCAAAUUCCAAAAUUACGGUCGUGCUUAUGGACCGUCUCACACGGCAUAUUAUGAUUUCGAGUGCUUGUUGGACCCCUCCAAUCCCCAAGGUAUGAUCGAGAAGCGUCACAAAGCUGUGGCAUAUGCUUUUAUCAUCAUCAACAGGGAAUUGGAGGUGGUGGAUAAAUUAACGUAUAUGGGGGAUGACCCUGUGAAUCAUUUCAUUAAUACUUUGGAGAAAGCAUGGAAGAGAAUCAAAUCUGCCAUGCCUAAAUACAAAAUAUCUAUGACACGUGAACAUUGGCAAGCCUAUAGACGUCAGACCACAUGUGAAAUGUGUUAUAGUCCAUUUAAAUCAGCUAUGGACAAGCACCGUCAUCAUGAUCAUGCUAUUGAAUUUAAUAAUUAUCUAGCUGCCUAUUGCCAAAGGUGCAACAUGUUGUGCAGAAAUUCUUAUAAAUAUUUAUACACAUUCUCUCACAAUGCGGCUUAUGACCUCGGGGUAAUUUUAAAUGAAUUGUCUAACGUCCCUAACCGUGAAAUUGACAUUGCCUCCAAAGAUGGAUUUAAGUUCAUGAAAGUAGAUAUCGGUAAACUUCGCUUUAUGGAUAGUCUGGCUUUACUAAAUGGCGGGCUGGAAAAACUAGCUAAAGAACAUAUCAGGGAAGGUAAACCCACCACUUACACCUCAGUUAUGCUAGAUGACGUCCCUGUAGCUGCCCACCAUUUAUUGAAGACAGGCAAACAGGUCUUCUGUUAUGACUACAUUUCAUCUUUGGAGAAAUUAAAUGAACCGGCUCUUCCUCCUCCCGAAGCCUUUUACAAUAGUUUAAAACACGAGGCCAUAAGCGAGACCGAUUAUACACAGGCUAAAGAAGUCUUUAGAUUAGCGGAAUGCAAGACCAUUGGGGAUUACUUAAAGGUCUAUUUAAAAGUAGAUACUGGACUAUUGUGUGAUGUGUUUACUGUAUGGCGCAAGACCAUGCUUGAGCUGUACAAGUUAGACAUUACUCACUAUGUCUCGUUAUCUAGUUUUGCAUGGGACGCUUUCUUGUUUAAGAGUCAAGUUGUCUUGGACUCUAUUUCUGAUCCCCAUUUGUACGAUGUAUUGCGUAGAAAUCUAAGAGGCGGAUUUACCUCUGUUGUACGACAACACACGAGUGUACAAAAUGAGCAUACAGGUGCUGAUCCUUCUAGCACUGAUAAAUAUAUUCUGUAUUUAGAUUUUAAUGGCUUAUACGCCACCUGUAUGACAGAACUGCUUCCUCAAGGCGGGAUCCGUAAAUUAUCUACUGCCGAAUGCAAUGAUUGGCUCCAACAAGGAUUGGAAAAUAUUACAUGUGAUGGGGAUAAGGGGUAUUGGGUCAUUUGUGACACCAAGCAUGUCGCACCUGAGGUGGCUCGAUACACCGAUGACUUGCCAUUAACCCUGUCGCAUGCUAAUAUUUCAACUGAUCUUCUGUCCGAUUAUAGCAAACAUAUUUUAAAUACCGAAGAUCGUAAACUCCCCAAGAAAAACAAUAAAUUAAUUGCUUCACAUCUCCCUCAAAAAGAUUACUUGGUGAGUUUAGAUUUGCUUCAGAUGCUGAUGAAAUUGGGAUUGGAAGUGGCUAAGGUAAAUGCAGUUUAUGAAUUCCAACAGAGCAAGUACCUUAAGGAAUUUGUCGAAACAAAUGCUCGUGAACGUGCAAAUACACCUUGCGCCAUUAAGGGUAAAGCUUUCAAGCUAGUAUCAAAUGCAAUUUACGGCAAGAGUUUGACAAAUGUGAGUAAAUAUGGCGAUCAGCAUUAUUUAGUUACAUCACGAGACAAAUUCCAAAAGCAUGCACGCAAUCCGUUCUUCAAACGGAGCAUUUUGUUAAGUGAAGACAGAGUUAUUUGCACAGUUAAGAAACAAUCACUUAAAGUCAAUACACCAACUUAUUUGGGGUUCCAGAUCUUGCAAAUAGCUAAGAGGAUCCUAUAUGAUUUUUGGUACAAUACGGUCAAAGCUCAUUAUGGAGACAAAGCUAGAUUGCUGUAUACGGAUACAGAUUCGUAUUUGAUUGAAUUAAGCUGUCCAAAUGCUUUUGAGGAAUUAAAUAAACUGCCUUUAUCUCAGCAUAUGGAUUUCAGCAAUUUCCCUCCUGAAAAUCCCUAUUUCGAUGACUCUCGCAAAGGUCAACUAGGUUUGUUAAAAUCGGAAGUUGGGGCCAAAAUUAUCAAAGAACUCAUUGCAUUGAAGCCUAAAAUGUACUCGAUUCACACUCAAGAUCAGGUUCAAAUCUGUCGUUGUAAAGGAAUUCCCACUUAUCAUCAGUCUAAACUCACUCAUGCUGCUUUCCAAAGUGCUUUAGAGUUAAAUAUUGGGCAGAGGUUCCAAUCCAGAUCUAUUAGGAAUGUUAAAGGCCGUAUGUGUACCUGUCUCACUACAAAACGUGGAUUGUCCGCCUUUGACGAUAAACGUUAUGUACCGAGUCCUACACAGUCUUUGGCGUAUGGACACCCCGAUAUACCUCGAGCAGAAAUUCAUGAAGAAGAGAAUGAGGAGGAGGAGGAUGUACCUGCACCUGCUGCUGCUGCACGUCCUGUGAGACGUGGAUUCCAUCCCAUAUUCAAUAUGUGGGGAAAACGCGAUGCACUGGUGAACAAGACGUAUCCUCACAAUUAGUGACUGAAGAAAUUGGUGAGGGAACAUUGCAACCUCCCCUAACCUGACAUUGAUGUUUGAAAAUUGCUACCUCCCCUAACCUGAGAUUGAUGUUUGACAAUUGCUACCUCCCCUAACCUAUCAUUGAUGUUUGACAAUUGCUACCUCCCCU